CUGCUGUUUUUGCUGCCAGUUAAGCUUAUAUCUCUCACACUACAUGAACAUAAAGAAAUCAACCACUCAACCUCACUUUAUGAAUUUACUCUUAAUUUUUCCACCAUUCACUGUGUUAUUAGAAAGAUUGGUUCAGUACUUUUAUUAAGUGGCAGGAACACAACUUUGUCGCAUGGCAACAGUGAAGGAGGCUCCCAGAAUGCUGAGGGGGCUUCAAAAGGGGGAAACGGUUUAAAUGAAGCAUCUUAAAGACAGAAGCCGGAAUGAGCAUUUUUUUUAAAAACAGCAGCCUGAAAUAUAAUUUUAAUUGGUUGAACUGUAAAUCAUGUAAAGCUGCUCAAAGGUCAUCAGAAGGACAAUAUAAAGCCAAAAAUAAGCUUAAUACCUCCUCUGAAAGAAAAAGAACAAAAUAGGUCACAUUUAAUUAUUACAGACUCUAGUGCAUCCUUUUAUGGCCUUAUUUAUAAAUACAAGUACAAUACUAACCUGUCCGAUCAUACAAAGUGAAAAUGACAAGGCUUCCUAAGAGACUGUGCCAGAGCUGUUGAAUAACGUCCAUAUUGUUAUGACGGUGUAUACCUUCAAUAUGCCAAAUGAGCGUGUUGAUAAAAUUAAAUAAUUAAACAUGGUGAAGCUAAAAAAAACCCAUCUUUGUAUAAUAAGCAACAUAACGCCUUAAAAUGUAAAGGAACCAGAAUAUACCCCCCAAGAAACUCCGGGGAACUUAUUCAGCGACGCAACCGCGGUACUUCCGGUGCACAUGUAAACGCUCCAGCGUGAUUCAUAUGUGGAUAGACUACUAAAUUAUUAGUGUAUCGCUUCGUGAAAAGUCCGUUUUUCUUUCUUUAGGCGUCUGUAAACAUGAAGCUCUUAACGCACAACAUGUUGACAUCGCAUGUGAAAGGAGUGGUUAAAGGAUAUCCCCUACUCAUCAAGGUAAACCAGCUCCACUGUUUACACCGCUUACAAGAUAUACAACAGUUAAGUUUCUAGGACUCCUGUUUAUGUGUUUGAACUGUCAUUUAAAAUUAGGCAAAGUUAAAAAGAUGUUUGGUGGCUAGUGCUGUGGCUAGGACUCUGUAUGUACUGUAGAUGAAGUUAGGUGCUGUUCUGAGCAUUAUUUGUGGCUAUAGAGUGGAGUUUUGGUCGAGGUUGGCGUAUGGCAUCUCAGACCGCCGUGUAUUGCUAUUGUGCGGUCGUUACUAAAGCUGGUAUAACUAGAGAAGCAAGCGGUCGGCAACAUUCAUGUCUGGAGGGGAUGUCUAACCCGGUGUUACAGUGUUUUUGACUUAAUUUUACGCCGGGAUAUCCCUUUAAUGUCAAUUUAUGUGAGGUCAUUCACACAACACAGUAAGACCUUAGUGAUCAUUACGUAAGAUGCUCCUGAUGGGUGUCCCAGACAGUAGAGGCUCAUUUGAGAGUAGCAGGAGGGGUUCAUCAGUACAAUAAAACAGCUUUCAAUGCAAACUGAGCACACACUGUACCCUCAACCUGUACAAAACUUUUAAAAAGCCAGUGGUAUUACUCUGUAGCAUUUAAUUAUGGUCACAUGUAUUUGAAACACAGCUACACUCUUAACUGGAUAAGCUCACUCUCAUGUUUUGUAUUUCCUUCCUGUUUUCCUUUUGAAGGCCACUGAGGUGAAGAUGAAUGAGGUGGAGUUUAACCCUCAGUUUGUCAGCCGAAUGAUCCCCAAACUGGAGUGGAGUGCUCUGGUCCAGGCAGCAGAGGAGGUAAGAUGACUGCAGCUGAAUCUGUAGGAACGAUUGACAUCUCUCUUUAUAGAUAUGAUGUAAUGAAAUUGUUUAAUCAAGGCUCCUCUUAGACUCGUGGAUGGUUGACAGCAUUGAGAAAGAAACUAGAGACUUGUGAGGAAAAUCUUUGAACCCUACUUUGAGUGCUAAAGAGGAGCUGAUUUUGUCUUAACAAACAAGAGGUUACUAUUUUCUUUUGUUAUUAUUACAAUCAAAGCGCUCUAUUAUUAUAUUUAUUAUUAUUAUUUAUUAUUAUUACAAUCUAGCGCUCCAGAAAUGAUUCAGGGGUUAAUUCUGUAUAAAGGAGAUCAAUCUAUUAUUCAGAUAUACGUUUGUAUAAUUUCACAACAACAGUCGGGAGAUUUGUUCAAAUUUUGUAAAACCAAUGAAAUUGUUUAAGAAGAAUCUAGAAAAGGGGGAUCCUAAUUAAAGCAAAUUAGAGAAAACACAGACCAUUGCUGAGUGGUCACCAGUCAAAAUGACCAGAUUACACUUUUUUAAUAUGAUGUGAACUUGACAAAAUGUAGCAAAUGAAUUACAUAAACAUUUUGUGAUGUCAAAGUAAAGCAGGUACUUUUCUGUAUUAACCGCAGGAUAUUAUUCUCAUGGGAAAUAACUCAAGGAAAGGAUAAAAGGCGUUUUUAAUCUCAAGUACUGUGUUUUAACAGCAGCAGUGGAUGCACAGUGUGUACCCGUACUACUGCAUACUCCUUGGUGUGUUGUAAUUUGUUGCUGCCGUGUGUUGUAUUACAUGCCUGUCUUUUGUGCCCAAAGACACAAGGUGAACACUCAGACCUCUUUCUUUUCAACAUCCAAUCAAGAGUUUACAACAGUCCUGACUGAGCAUUAUUUACCUUUUUAGUUGGGUCAUCGAGAGGACCUGCCAGGUGAGCUGAUGGCAGAGUACGAGAAAGACGAAGAGUUCCUGAAGAAGGUGCACAGAGUGCUGUUAGAGGUGAGGAGGACAUGGUCAUUCCUGUUUACACUUCUUUGUGUUGGUUUUUACAAUUAUGCCUUUAAUUGCAGGUUUUAGGCAUAUCAUGAGUAAGUUCUGAGUAAGGACUGCUGUUUUAAAAUAGUAAUGUUCUGACUGUUGCAAUAAAUUUAUUUGUCUUUUAUUCUAAGAAGUGUCUACAAACUGGGGUAUAAUCAGCAAGACCCAAAGACAGAAAUUAACAGUCACAUAAAGCCGAGAAAAGACAAACCCCUUAAAAUUAAAGAUGUGGGAACCAAAGAAUUCUUGGCCUUUCUGUGUUACAUAAUACUGGCAUUAGUCUCUUACUGCUCUUACUGACCACCUGCAUCCAGCAGUGUUUCCCAUUCUUUCAUUCACACAUUGACUCAUGCUGCAUGAUAAUUACAAGAUAUUGUGGGAUUUGUUUGGAAUACUUAAAUACACCCUUUGGAUAAAACCAAGACAGCCCAUAAUAUUUACUCUUUGACAAAGAAACCCUAUUACUUCACCUGUUCGUCAGAGUUGUGUGUGUGUGUGUGUGUGUGUGUGUGUGUGUGUGUGUGUGUGUGUGUGUGUGUGUGUGUGUGUGUGUAGAAAUAAAAAAGAAACAAUUGUUUUGGGUAAAGACACUAUUCUAACCCCAGUAACUAAACUGCAGGGUUCAAAGUAUAUCCAUCUCCGGCUCUUUCAACCUGUCCGCCUAGUUUACUCUGUGAAUCCAGGGAAUCUGGCAGGAAAAAUACAGAUGGUCAGAAAACUCAAAUUAAACUGAAAUUAAAUGUAAAGAUACCCUUCAAGGUUUUUAUUCGGUGUGACUCUGUAACACAAGGGUUUAUAUUUAUGAUCCAAUUUACCUGCCUCAAAAAAUAUUUGUUUGUAUUUUCAAUCCCAAAAUAUGAACACCAUUAUUUGCUGAAGUUUCCUUUUCUUAGCUGUUUUUCUGAACAAGAUCAGGCAUUUCUUGGUGUGUUGUCUCCAACUUUGGUUACAUAAAACUGCUGCAAUUGGACAAUGUACAGGUGGUGGUCUAGAACAGAUUUCAUUUCAUAAUUCAAAGUGUUGCUGAAGGUGAGAUCAAACCAAAAUCUUAUCUCCUGAUGAAGGCUGUAUCUGGAUAAGGAUGUGUACUUAACCACCAUAUUGCAGACAUUACAUACACUCACCAGCCACUAGUUUAGCUACACCUUGCUAGAAGCAUGUUGGACCCCCUCUUGCCUUCAGCACUGCCUUAAAUCUUCGUGGCAUACUUUUAACAAAAUGUUGGAAACAUUUCUGAGAGAUUUUGUCCAUAUUAAUGUGAGAGUAUCACUCAGGUGCUGCAGAUCUGUCAGCUGCAAAUCUCCCGUUUCCCCACAUCCCAAAGGUGAUUUACUAUGAUUUAUGGGUUAUUUAUUUAUGAUUUGAGCUUUGUGACAUGGAGCAUUAUCCUGCUGGAAGUAGAAGAUGGGUCCACUCUUAAAGGGAUAGACAUGGUCACCAUCAAUACCCAGAUAGACUGUGGCAUUUAUGAUGCCCAGUUGGUACAAAGGGGCCCAAAGUGUGCUACCCCUCUACACCAUUACAACAGCAGCAGCCUGAACCAUGGAUACAAGGCAGGGUGGAUCCAUGCUUUCAUGUAGUUUAUGCCAAAUUCUGACCCACUGUCUGAAUGUCACAGCUGAAAUCGAGGCUCAUCAGACCAGGGACCAUUUCACCUGUCUUCUAAUAUGAGUUGAUAGGAGUGGCACCUGGUGUGACCUUUAGCUGCUGUGGCCCAUCUGCUUCAAUGUUCAACAUGUUGUGGGUUCAAAGAUGAUAUUUGGUUAUUUGACUCACUGCUGCCCUUCUAUCAUCAUGAACCAGUCUGCCCGUUCUCCUCUGACUCCUGACAUCCUUUUUGUCCACACAGCUGCUGCAUAGUGAAUAUUUUCUCUUUUCCUGAUCAUUUUUGUUGUAAACCCCACAUCUGGUUGUGUGUGAAAAACCCAGUAGAUCAGCAGUUUCUGAACUAUUCAGACCAGCCCAUCUGGCACCAACAACCAUGCCACAUUCAAAGUCACUUAAAUCCCCUUUCUCCCUGUUCAGAUGUUCAGAACUUCAGCAGACCCUCUUGACCAUGUCUAAAAGCCUAAAUGCACUGAGUUGCUGCCAUGUGAUUGGCUAAUUAGCUAUUUGUGUUAACAAGCAAUUGAACAAGUGUACCUAAUAAAGUGGCUGAUGAGUGUUUAUUCACUGACUACACAGUUUAAUCAAAUCUACAUGGAAAUAACAUGCAGAUACUUUUUGUUUUACACUAGAUACUGAUAUAAAAUAUUUCAAUAUAAACAUUUAAUAUAUUUGAUUUAUCAUCUUUGCAUUACUUUCAUUUAAAGGCAGGUUUUAAGUGAUUUGCAAACUAACAAAUACUUUUCUUACUUCGCUUUUAUACAGCCUCUAAACUCUUGCACAACAAUGGUUACAUGAAACUGAUGGGAAUGAUAAAGAUGAAUGAAAUAAAGUUCAAGGAACCUGCUGUGAACACCUAUCAGCAAACAGCACAUGUUCAGCCUGUGUCAGCCCACUGGAUUGUUUGAGAACCACUUCCAGAAAAUGUCGAUUUGAAGGUUUUUAACCAGUGACUCAAAGGCUAAACCACUUGUACCAAAAGUAUGGCAGCGGUGUUGUUCUUUUUGACUCUUGCUUUUGGCUCAUGAAAACAUGAUUUGUUUUUCCCGAUGAUGACAUCUUGUGGUGACCUCAUGAUGCCUGUCUCGUGUGUUUGGGUGUGUGUUUUUGCUGCAGGUGGAGGUGAUAGAGGGCUGUCUGCAGUGCCCUGAAUCAGGACGAGAGUUUCCAAUCACCAGAGGAAUUCCUAACAUGCUGCUGAACGAAGAUGAGGUGUAGACAGAUCUCCACCACGCAGUCUCACCCUGAAAUUGUCCCUCAGCUAGUCUAUGGUAUUCAGAGAGGCUGGACUCUUGCACACCACACUGUUUGGUUGAUUGGUUGUACUUCUGACAUCAAUGUGGCAGAAAAAGAUUUGAAGAAUAAGCGAUGGAAAAUUUCCCUUGGAUUAACCCCCGGUGGUAUUUAUUUUUGUAACUGUUUGUGCUCUUUUUUCUUCAAUUAAACUGUUCUGAUUUCCAUGACAGCCAAAA